CGUAAAUAGACUCCAUUUACGUCUCGGAAACCCUGAACUUACGCGACUUCUGCGAUUACGCAAGUCCGACUGCCAGAUUUUUGACGAAGUGGAUCAACUCUGAACGUGGAAUGCUGACUGUAUUUCCACUCUCCUGAUAGGCUGCUGACAAACAGUAACACAGAGAAAGCGAAGAACAAAUGUUCAAAAUGAAGCAGACAUUGAAUAUAGAAUACAUAGCGUGCUAUGACUUUGAAGCUAGAGACGGGGAUGAGCUAAGUUUCAAGCAACGAGAUGUCCUUAAGGUAAUUGUCGACCCUCGCAACCAAGAUUUGAGUGAACAGGAUUGGAUCAAAGCAGAGUUAAAUGGCAAGCAAGGAAUGGUCCCGAGGAAUUACAUCACUCUUCCAGAGUGGUUCUACAGAGGGCUAUCCAGAGCACAAGCUGAAUCCAUGCUGAUGUCCGGCCAGCCAGACGGCGCUUUUCUCAUCAGAGAAAGUGAAAGCUCACCCGGGGAUUAUUCCUUGUCAGUAAAGGUUGGGUCAGGAGUGCAGCAUUUUAAAAUAAUGGUGGACGAGGCUGGCAGGUACUUCCUGUGGGUAGAGAAGUUUGACACAUUAAAUAACCUUGUGAAUCACUUCCGAAUCUUGCCGGUCAGUCGCACGCAGAACAUCAAACUCAAAGAUAUGGUGAAGAAGAACAAUGGACAGGAUUCUCAUGGUGCUUUUGGUGCCAAUGGAGUGGCGCAUAAACAACCCCCACAGCAGCAACAGCAGUAUCAACAUCCAGCACAGCAGCAGCAGUUUCAACUUCCACAGCAGCAACAACAACAGCAAUACCAACAGACGCAGAACACCUGGGGCAAGAAAUCCCAAUUCCCUCAGAAAUCAGCAGUUGAACAGAAACCCAAGGUGAAAGCGUUGUACGACUUUGUGCCGCUUGAUGACAACGAACUGGAACUCAGGGCGGGCGAUAUCGUGGAUCUACUCGACAGUACGGAUCCAAACUGGUGGCUGGGUAAACUCCGAAUGAAGAAAGGUCUCUUCCCAAGGUCAUAUGUUCAAGAACUUAAAUAAAAAUCUAAAAGGAAACCUUUACCUGAGAGGAUCAAGGGUUGAGGAUUUUUUUUAUUCUUCUGUUUAUUCUAAGCUGGGAUUAGUGUAUAAAUGGACCUUUAACAAUAACAAAGAUUGUUUCAAUAUGCGGCAUGUACUUAUUACGUUGUUUCCUUGCCAUUGUUCGAGCAUGGUCAUUUAAAAUUAGAAGAAAUCAUGAAACCAAUUUGAGAUAUUUUUUGUUUUACCGCAUCAACCAUGCUAUACUAAAAUAAGUUUAUUAAACAAUGGAAAUAAGAGGAACAUUAGCUGCACAGAUCCAUGGUAUAGACCUUUGGUAUAUGAACAGACUUAUGGUGCAGAAUAGGUGCACAUUACGUGGGUGCAGAACCAUGGUACAGACAUUUUGGUACAGAACAAUGCUGCAGAUCAAUGGCACAGACCAAUGGUGUAGAGCAGUAGCACAACCCCCUGGUGCAGACCUUUGGUACAUGUACAAACCAAUGGUGCAGACCCAGGGUAAAGAACAGUGGUGCAGACCCAGGUUACAGAACAGUGGUGUAGACCCAGGGUAUAAAACCGUGGGGUAGACUCAGGCUACAGAACAGUGGUGCAGACCCAGGUUACAGAAUAGUGGUGCAGACCCAGGGUACAGAACAGUGGUGCAGACCCAGGGUACAGAACAGUGGUGUAGACCCAGGGUACAGAACAGUGGUGUAGACCCAGGGUACAGGACUGUGGUGCAGACCCAGGGUACAGACUAUUGGUGCAGGCCCAGGCUACAGAACAGUGGUGUAGACCCAGGGUACAGAACAUUGGUGCAGACCCAGGGUACAGAACAUUGGUGCAGACCAAGGGUACAGAACAUUGGUGCAGACCCAGGGUACAGAACAUUGGUGCAGACCCAGGGUACAGAAUAUUGGUGCAGACCAAGGGUACAGAACAUUGGUGCAGACCCAGGGUGCAGAACAGUGGUGCAGACCCAGGGUGCAGAACAGUGGUGCAGACCAAGGGUACAGGACUGUGGUGCAGACCCAGGGUACAGAACAUUGGUGCAGACCCAGGGUGCAGAACAUUGGUGCAGACCCAGGGUACAGAACAUUGGUGCAGACCAAGGGUACAGAACAGUGGUGCAGACCCAGGGUACAGAACAUUGGUGCAGACCCAGGGUACAUAAUCGAGUCACUGACCUUUUGUAAAUUAACAGACCCCUACAUACAGACCCCUACAAUAAGGAAAUCUAAAUAUGAAAUGCCUGCUUGUCAAUAAUUAACAUUUAAACAAAAUAUUUAGCAAAGUUGUUGUUUUUAUCUUGUAAGUGUCAUCGAGUGUAUAAAAGAAUACAAUGCUCACUUAUAAUUCCGUUUUACAAAGUGUGUUUGGAUAGCAAAUAUGGUGAUUCUUUUAGAAAGUUUUUUUUUUAAUUUUUUUUAUAUAUGUAUAUCCAUAAGUCUUGUCAGCCUCAUUUUGAUUUUUUUAACUACGUUUUGUACAUUUAUAUAUAUUUCUUAGCCAUCGAAUUAUCUUCUUCAUUUUUAAGAGAAAAUGUGUAUACAAAGUCUUUUGUCAAGAAUAAGUAUUUCUCAAUUUGUGUUUCAACUCUAUAAGCAAUGUUGUGAUAAAACAAUGACCCGUUUUCAAACUUUUCUACAUUUCUCUCUGCUAAGAAUAUCAGAUAAGAACGAGCAGAUGGGACCGCCUGCUAUCAUUAGAAAAGUCUCAUAUUUUAUCAAUUAAAGUGGUCAACCACAGCGUUGCUAAGACAAAUCCUGAUCUUAAAAGAACUCGGAUGCAAUAUAAUUUUGUUCAUUUAAAAAAAUUGGAACCUGGUUCCAAAUUAAUAUGCAAGCUGCAAACUGCGAUGAAUUACGCUUAGGAAAAAUGAUUUUCAUAUUUUUACAUUUACUUAUUUUUUGCUGUAUUCAAUAAAUGUGUGGUAAUUAUCUUGGGCUUACAUUUAUGUGUUAAUGUAGGCUCAAAGAAUUUUUCGCAAAACCAGAUUGAAAGGUGCUACACAUGACAUGUUUAAAAAACAACAUUAUACUACAGGAGCUUUAAACAACUUGAGAACUUAUGACAGCAUCAGUGCAUAUUUCUUACUUUGAACAUUUAAUACUGUCCUCGUGGUGAAACUGAGGCUAGUUUUAAAUGUUUCAUGGAAUCUUUCAGCAGUGAAAAAAAAUUACUCUUCUACUUAUUUGCCAUCCCAGAGAGCUUAAAAUAAAAUCAUCGCAUGUACAUUGAUGGAAAGUUGUUCAUAAAAGGAGGUAUAUAUUAAAUUUAACCUUUAUUCCCCCCUUUAUGUUUUUAUUCAGAUUAUUUAGAAUAUUUUAAAAUACGGGGAUAUAAUAAUUGUGAAGUAAUUGUGAUUGUUAUAACCAUGAAUGUAAUUUAUAAACAGGUGUAGGAGUUGUGAAUGAAAGUAGACAGUGGUGGCAUUUGUAAAAAAUAUCGGGAGGAAAUUGUAGAAGAUGUACCCCAACUUGGUCUCAUGGUACUCUCUAAAUGUAAAAGAGUGAAAACACCACUCUGUACAUUUCGAGCUGUCCCUCAUAUGGCUCUUCAA